AUGCCUCUUCCAGUGAUAAAAAUAAAAUCGAAUUUGUCACUUCCGCCGCAGUGCCCCGGCAGGACAAGGAACAACUUGCAAUUGACUCUUGGACCGGUUGAAUGGAACCCCCUGCAUUCGUACAAACCGCACAAUGAGGAUAGACAUGCAGUGACGGUUCAAUGGUGGGGUGAGAAAAACGACGGCGUCGAUUUGCCUCUAUCGACGACGAGGAAGACUACCACCAGUUAUGCUAUCAGGCGGCCUCAGAAAGCGCUCCAAUGCUACCUUACUGAUAUGGGCACGAUGACGUUGAGUCUCUAUGACAAACACGGAGAUAUCAUCGGCGCAGCUGCACUUCCAGGGAUAAAAAGGCUAUCCGAAAACAAUCCAGUAAAGGAAACUGUCCAAAUUCGCGAUGCCGUCGAAGGAUAUCGACUUGGACGACUCCCCGUGUCCUUGGAACUUGUUGGACUGCGACGAAGGGCAAGGUCUUCAUCUGGGUCCAGCAGAUCCAGGUCCAGAUCAUGCCCUCGCUCGCGAUCAGGGUCAAAGAAAAGAGCUUCUCCAAGAGGCAAGUCCCCAAAACAGAACAAAAAGAAGGGGAAAAAAGACGAUCCGGGCGCUCCGAAUAUCAAAGAGAUCGCAGCGUCGAUCGAUCGACUGCUAGAAAGAACAGAAAGCGUUCAAACUCAGAUGCAUCAAAACGUCGCUUCAACUUACGAUGCAUCUUCGAAAUUCGCCGUUAAUUUCUCCGACAAAACUCAAACAAUCCUACCGACAAACGAAAUCAAUCUCACUCCCGAAUCAAGCCAAAAAACACAACCCAUCGAAGUGCAAACUGUUCAAUUCGAAGCCCCAACGCAAGAGUGUCCCAAAAUGCAAAUUCCUUCAAAUCUCGGACAGGCAAAGCACCUUCCUGAAGUUAAAUUGUACAUUCCUCCACUCCCUGAUAUUGCUGAUAUUAUGCAGCCACUUCGACUCGAGCAAAAUAACGCUACUUACUUUUCUCAGAAUAAAGAAAACUUUCACAUUCCAAAUGUCAAUUACAGAUCAAACCAAGCAACGCACAAUGUUCCCCAGCUCAAUCGCCAAGUUACAACUUCUUGCGCAAAUACUCAAAAUUAUCAGUCCAAGAAAUUGACCGAACUCGUCCUGGGAAAUCAACUUGAAGAUUUGGAAGUGUCCGUUGAUUAUGUUCCCAGCGAGUGUGGCUCACUCCUCGACGAGGAAAUCCUCGACCAAAUUUAUCGAAUCAAUCGGCCGAAAAGCAAAAGCAUGGAAGAGCUCCCACCUGAUGUUUCGCCACCAAAAGCUGUCGAUGAAGAUAUUUGGCUGAAAAAAGGAGAAUCGCUUGAGCUUGAAGUGGUAGAGCUAGUCCUCCCAAGGAAGAAGGGAAGGCCCCCUCCGUCGAAUAGUCUUCGUGAAAUCGAAGAUCAUUACUGCGUUGAGCUCGGCUUCAACUGGACAGAAGCGCGGGACAAAACAGAACAGCUUGAAAAAUGUCGGUUCAUUUCAAAUAAGACGCGUUCCGGAAAGAUUCUUUUCAAAACGAAGCGAAAAUACAAGUCAACGAUGAAUGUUACUGCUCCCGUUGAAAUUUCAAUUUACCAACGCUCGAAAUAUCGACAAAAAUUCAGUAAAAUUGAAACGGUUCUUAUUGAUACGUCUGGAUUCACAAAUGAGCUGGAUUAUAUCGAGGUUGAAAUUCAAGGCUAUAUUCUCCGCCUCGCUGUCAUGAUUGUCAAACGAGAGGAAGCUCAAUCAACCCGUGAUAUCUCUUCAAUGGUCGCGCCAGAAAACACUCCUAGAUCAAUGAAUACAACUGGACGCCAAAUUAAUCAUCAGCAGUCGGUUCCCUCUGUUUCCGCUGGCCCUAUUUCUCAUCGAUCUUCUCAAGACUUUGGCCAGCCUACAGAGCCACUUCAGCUGUACUCCGACCCUGCGCCUAGCGUUCAAUCACAUUCCAUCGAAACUUCCUUCCCUAUUUCAUUCCUUCUUUGGGUCAAAUUUGCCGACAGUAUUCCCGAUGUUCGCGAAGGACCUGGGGAGCCGACUGCUCCUUUGCCAGAAAUCCGCGUUCGCUCUCCAUUGCUUGAAGAACAGAUCAGCUGCCGCGUUGGCGAGCGCACAAAUAAUCCUCAAUUUAAUCACUUGGCUGAGUGGACACGGCCCGUUCUUGGCUCUGAACUUCAGCUACUGCAGUCCUCUAUGUUUGCAUUUGAGUGCUGGUGUGCUACAGCUGAACAGGGUGAUAAAUUCCUCGGUCUUGGCCGGAUAACAACAAGUGGAUUGUCUAGCAUUCUAACUGGAGGCUAUGCUCAACUCUGUUCUCCAAAAUAUCCAAUGAUAAUGGCCGAUGGAAAGAUCCCUUUACGUGACAUUUCAUCCGAACAAAUACGAGGCUACUUGUCGGUUCUUCUUGCUGCGGGAACUUCUGUCCAGCUUGACCAACUAAAAAAUGUGCGAUCAGAUUUGAAAUCGGAAAUCGCCAAGCAAGAGAGUUUUCACCAGACACUGAUAGCUGAAAGUAUCUCAUCAGAAUCAGCAGAGCAAGAGCAAGAAGAGCUCCCUCCACCACCGAUCGAGCCACAACCUUCGGAGAGUCAGGCUUUUCAGCGGCCAAUUCCAGGUCUUCAGUGCCUUAUUUCUAUUGAAAAAGUCACUAAUCUUGCAAUCGGUGGAGAUCGAUUAUUGAGCGUCUCAGUGGACACUGUCGAGGGAAAUCUGACAACAGAAUGGUCGAGUGAUGGGGUCUGGAAUUUUCAACAAGCUUGCUAUUUGGAUGAAAAUCUUCCGGAAUCGAUAAUGUUCAAGCUUUACAGCUGCGCAGCCAGUAUUACUGAAAGUACCGAUUUGAAGGAUAUCCAGAGCCGAGAAUUUGGAUGGAUCGAAGUCCAUAUGCACACUUUGAAAUGCGGUUUUCCAUGCGUCAAUGGUUGGUACACUGUUCGCUCUGUAUCAGGGGAGUCGAUCGGCCAAAUGAAGCUCGGUAUUGCUCCUGCUACUAGUCCGCGAGUUUUCGUGCAACCCAAAAAGUCGAUCUCCCUCGAACAAAAGCUUCAAUGUGCUCCUGAAAAAAUGUCAUCAACUUCCAAAGCGCUCCAAGACCAGCUCAAAGCCCUUGAAGACCUCGUCAAUACUGUAAAAUCUAAACAAAGUACUUUGAGAUCUCAAACAGCACAAACUGUGACAGAAAAUGUCGGCACGCAAAUAACCCCGACCGCGAGCGCAUUUGACAAUGAACAAGCUCACGAUCAGGAUCAUAUGCUCAGAAUUGCAGAAUUCAAAAGUCAACAGAUCGACAUCUCAGUCAGAAAAGUCAGCUUAGCAUUGGAUCAACAUGUUAAUGAAGAAGCUAGUUCCUCGGAAAAACUUUCGGACUUGGAUUGUUCCGACGAGGAGAAUUUCGUCGAGCCGCUUAUUCUCAACUCGGCGAAAGAGAUUUCAGAGGCGUCAAAAUCAACAUCGAAUCCACUCAGCUCGACGAGAAUCGACGAUGAAGAUGAAAACUCACCGAUUGACGAUGUUUCAACUCUUGGAGACGAUGAUGGAGAGUCUGAUGCAAAGAUCGAAGCUAUGGUUCGCGAAUUCUCCGCUUCUAUGACCUCCGUGCAAGAGAAUAUCGAUGCAUCGAGAAAGCUCCGUUCAGAACUGAACGAGUCCAUGGGCAAGAAUCCUGACCAGACUUCGAUCUGGUCCGCCAGUGAAAACGAGGAUGAAGAACGUAGUCUAACGACAGUCGAUGGAGAGUUGAGCCAAAGUCGAAAUUCUCAGGCGGAAAAGAUCACGUUCGAUUCUCAAUCUGUUAAAAGUGUUGAAGAGGUGGACGAAAUCGACGAUUUGGAUGCUCCCCUGGAUAUCAAAUGGCUACGAAAGUCAAAGGAUCUUGAAGAUUCGCCAAGAGAAGAUUCCAAGCGACGAGAUAGUGAUUCCCGCUCACUGGAUUCAUCAAAGAACAGUUCGAUAAAUUUCAACCACUCGCAGGAUGAAACCACUGAGCCGAAGUCGACUUCAGAAGACUGCGUUGAUUCCAGAAUCGAACUGGAUCCAACACAUCUUCAAGAUACGGACAUCGAAGACACUUUUGUGGAAAAUCUUGGAAAUAUUUCCAACCUGUCGCAAAAAUCGCAAACGCAGUCGGAUCCUUUAACACAACCGUUGAGUGGGAGAAGUGGCGAUUCUGACGUUAUUCCAACGGCUUCAGGAAUGCCUUCUAUUGCUGAACGAGCCCUGGCAACUGCGCAAGAAGAAAUCGAAGCUCUUUCGUACGAACGCGCUAUCGAUAGACCACCAAGAACGAUGACGAAGCCACUGAAUUCAACCCAAACCCGGCGUCUCGCCGCCAUUUUCGGCAUCAAAUAA